CUGGAUUGCGUGGCGCUUCCUGGCCCACGUCCUUCAUCUGCAGCCAUGUGAGCUGGCCGGUCGGGUACGUGCUCCUCUGCAAUCAAGCGCGUAGGUCGGCUCCGGGAUUUGUACGACCAGCUCUGACAGAAAUCUUAGGCGGAAGAACAAUAGUAGGACAUUUCAAAAGCUGGACCAUUGACCGGGCAAAAUUAUUCUUCUUUAGUUCUCCUGCACAGGAUCCUCUCUUGGAUAUCUCUAAGAACAGGUGACUGAAGCUGCAUCUGUCAGGAUGUCCAGCAAUAUAAAAGAUAGUCUUGAGCUUCAAGUGGCGGAAUUGGAAAUGCUUUUGUCUAUGUUUCCUAAUAAAAGAGAAGUAACUCUUCAAGAUGAAAAUAUUUUCCAGAAUAUUCAGAGGUACCUGAACAAUACAACUGAAAAUCUCCCGCCUAAAAUUGAGUAUUCAGUUGCUGUUCCUAUAAAUGAAACCAAGGCCAUUGUAGAUUUGCAGGUGGAAUUGCCUCACAGUUACCCCUACGUGACACCACAACUUUUUGCGAGAUCAGAUGCACUAGACAGGCAACAACAGUUGCAGCUCAAUAAAGAUCUUACAUCUUACAUUGCUUCUUUGGAGCCUGGAGAACUUUGUAUAUGUGCAGCUGUUCGGUGGCUACAGGAUAGCAGUACAUUCGAAGUACAAAAUAGUGAAGUUUGUGAAAGAACAACAAGGAAAGAAAUAGCCAAAGCACACUUUAAACGCAUGUGGAUUUACAGCCAUCACAUAUACCGACAAGAAUUGAGGAAAAAGAUUUUUGAAUAUGCAAAGAAAUUAAAUCUGACUGGCUUCUGUCUAACUGGCAAGCCUGGGGUGAUUUGUGUGGAGGGCACAAAAGAAAACUGUGAAGAGUUUUGGCGUAUUAUUAGAUAUCCUAAUUGGAAGCACAUUUCCUGCAAGCAUCUUGAGACUGGAGAAACAGAAGGAAAUGGGGAAAGUUUUCGUCUCUUUCAGACCUUUGAAGAUUUACAGUUUCAAGCUCAUGGUGAUUAUGGAUUAAGAAAUGACUAUCAUAUGGACCUUGGUCAAUUCCUAGAAUUUCUUAAGGUUCAUCAAAGUGAGCACAUAUUUCAGAUCUUGUUUGGCGUUGAAGGAAAAAUUCCUGACACUUAGCACAAGAACAAAUGUGCUAGGAGGACGGUUCUCAGUUAUAUUGGUAUGAAAUCAAGGAGGACUGCUGUGAUUAUACUGUAUAAUAUGAUAAAAUAAAAUACAGCCUUUAUAUAUUUCAAAA